CCGACCCAUUGCCAUGCCUACUCCUUUCAUUGUUCUGAAGUCUCUCUGUCUUUCAUUGUUCCGACUUCUGACUACAUUGGAUUGUGGGAGACGGGAGACAGACCAACAAAAACUUGGAAAAAAAACCGUGAAUAUAUAUUUUCUGAGAUUGAUCGUCGAUCGAUUGGAAAAUUGGGUUGGAUCAAUUGAGUCUGAGUUGAGCUGCAACAAUGGCGGGCGUAUCACUCAAGUGCGGGGACUGUGGGACGCUACUCAAAUCGGUAGAAGAAGCGCAAGAGCACGCCGAGCUCACCAAACACACUAACUUCAGCGAGUCCACAGAAGCCAUUCUCCAACUCGUUUGCACCUCCUGCGGCAAACCCUGCCGCUCCAAAACCGAGACCGAUUUGCAUACCAAGAGAACUGGGCACAGUGAGUUUCACGACAAGACUGCAGAAGCCUUAAAACCCAUCAGCUUGGAGCCACUAAAGCCUAAGAUUGAUGAUGAUGUUGAGAUGAGCGGGGCGGGUGAUGGAAGUAGCAGUAGCCAGCAUGAAGAAAUGGUUGUUCCUGAAGUUGACCAAAACCUACUCACUGAACUAGAAACAAUGGGAUUUCCUAAGGCAAGGGCAACCCGAGCACUCCAUUAUUCUGGCAAUGCUAGCCUCGAGGCUGCUGUGAAUUGGGUCGUAGAACAUGAAAGUGACGCAGAUGUAGAUGAAAUGCCUCUGGUCCCUGUCAGUUCCAAGAAUGCUGAGCCUCCCAAGCCAUCCCUGACUCCAGAGGAGAUAAAAAUGAAGCAACAAGAGUUAAGGGAGCGUGCUCGUAAAAAGAAAGAAGAGGAAGAGAAACAAAGGGAAAGGGAGAGAGAAAAGGAAAGAAUCCGUAUUGGUAAGGAACUUCUUGAAGCUAAGCGGAUUGAGGAAGAAAAUGAAAGAAAACGGUUGAUAGCUUUACGGAAAGCAGAGAAAGAUGAAGAGAGAAGAGCUCGAGAGAAAAUUCGUCAAAAGCUGGAAGAGGAUAAGGCUGAAAGGCGGCGCAAGCUUGGUCUCCCUGCUGAAGAUCCUACUCCAAAACCUUCUGCACCAGUGGUGGAAGAAAAGAAGAGCUCACUGCCUGUUAGACCAGCUACAAAGAUAGAGCAAAUGAGGGAGUGUUUACGUAUUCUCAAACAGAACCACAAGGACGAUGAGGCCAAAGUGAAGACGGCAUUCAACACACUGCUCACUUUUGCCAAGAAUGUCGCAACAAAUCCAAAUGAUGAGAAGUUCCGGAAAAUUAGACUCAAUAAUCCUAAAAUCCAGGAAAGAGUUGGAAAACUGAAGGGGGGCGUGGUGUUCCUUGAGCUUCUUGGAUUUGAAAAAAUUGAAGGUGGGGAGUUCUUGUUUCUUCCAAGAGAUAAGGUGGACAUGGCUGUGCUUCGCUCUGCUGGUUCUGAGUUGGACAGUGCUAUCAAUAAUCCCUUCUUUGGAGUCCUCUGAUCUGAUCACCUCCCUUCAAUUGGCUUAGGACGAUCUAAACCAUGUUAUACGGGACUGUCGCGCUUCUGGUUUUCUGAAUGGACGUUGGGGGUGCAUAAGGGAUAUAUUGUGGAUCAUUCUAUUUAUUUUUUAUGUUGCAAGUUUUGUUUGCAAAAUCUAUAGUUUUCUUAGUGGUUUGGCCUGUUGGCCACACUCAUGAGUCAUGAGGGAUGGUUUAUUUGCAGCUUAUGAUUUCUUUAACUCUUUUACAUAACAAUUUUAAGUGAAAAGUUAUACUCCGUAGUAGGGCUGGGAAAAAACUCCCGACUCCCGACCCCCGAUCCCGAUCCCGAUCCCGACAAUCCCGAUCCCGACUAGUCGGGAAUUUUUCAUAGAUUAAUCUUUUACUACGAG